AAUCAUCAUAUCAUCAUUAUAUUUGAAUAGCUCAAUUUGUACCACAUCCAUCAUUUAAAUUACUCUUUCUAACUCCUAUAUAUAAGAAGAGGCUCCCUUUAAAGUUUAAACCAAUACAAUAAAAUUAUAAUUAGCCAUGGAGAAGAAGACUAACCAAACAAUAUUCUCCAUAUUUUCUCUUCUUCUUCUCUUUUCUUCAUGUGUCUCUGCUCAGCUUCGGACAGGUUUCUACCAGAACUCAUGUCCGAAUGUAGAAACCAUUGUCCGUAAUGCCGUCCGUCAAAAAUUCCAGCAGACUUUUGUCACUGCUCCCGCCACCCUCCGCCUUUUCUUCCACGAUUGCUUCGUUCGCGGAUGUGAUGCUUCGAUAUUGAUAGCAUCUCCGUCGGAGAAAGACCAUCCAGAUGACAUGUCAUUGGCCGGAGACGGAUUCGACACGGUGGUGAAGGCGAAACAGGCCGUUGAUAGAGAUCCUAAAUGCCGCAACAAAGUUUCAUGUGCUGACAUUUUAGCUCUCGCUACUCGUGAAGUCGUCGUUUUGACCGGAGGACCUAGCUACCCGGUGGAGCUAGGGAGGAGAGAUGGCAGAUUAUCUACGACGGCAAGCGUUCAAAACAAUUUGCCACAGCCCGGUUUUAACCUAAACCAGCUCAACGCCAUGUUCAACCGUCACGGUCUCUCUCAAACCGACAUGAUCGCCCUCUCAGGAGCGCACACUCUCGGAUUCGCACAUUGUGGAAAAUUCUCAAACCGAAUUUACAAUUUUAGCCCUAGAACCCGUAUCGACCCGAGUUUGAACAGUGGCUACGCGCUUCAGCUUCGCCAGAUGUGCCCGCAACGUGUGGACCCACGUAUCGCGAUCAACAUGGACCCGACCACGCCACGUACAUUCGACAACGCUUACUUCAAGAACCUUCAACAAGGAAAGGGUCUUUUCACGUCUGAUCAAGUAUUGUUUACAGACCAACGGUCUAGAGCUACGGUUAACUCGUUUGCCAACAGUGAAACUGCAUUUAGGCAAGCUUUUGUCUCAGCCAUCACCAAGUUGGGUCGUGUUGGGGUUAAGACUGGUAAUGCUGGUGAGAUUCGAAGGGAUUGUUCACGUUUCAAUUAGUUUGAUUUGAUGGGUUUUAUCUUUUAUUCCUUAAGAAGAUUUCGUAUUUUUCUUCUUAAUAAUAAAAUAAAAUUUCGUAUUGUUUUCAAUAAAUAAGUUCAAAAGUAUCGAUAAUGGAAACGUAAACUAAAUAAUAAGAUGGUUUUAUUUCGUUUCU